UUCGAAACCCGCCAAAAUGUCGGACCACAGACAAUGGCUGGUGACCCUCGCCCUGGUCUUGUAUUUGACCGCAUGCCUUGCCGCCACGACGCGUUGUCGGCCUAAGUACCACAUGCACAAAGCGGUGCAGACAGACCUGAAAGGGCGCAAAUGCUGGGACAAUGUGAAGAUCCAGUCCUGUGGCGGGUUCUGCUUGUCUUAUGAGAUAUCGCACUGGCAAUUCCCAUACAAGGAGUCGCAUCACCCCGUGUGUGUGCACAACGAGAGGCGCCACAAGUUUGUGAAGCUGCGGCACUGCGAUGCUGGCGUGGACCCUAAUACUGAGGACUACCACUACGUGGAGGCCGCCUCUUGCAAGUGCAAGAUAUGUUCUUCUGAAGAUACAAGCUGCGAGUGGUUGCCGCCAGAUUCUAACCUACUCGACGAAUUGCUAAUUACAGAAGAAGAAAUUGAGGAAGAACUUGAUUAAUAUCCUCGAUUACUUGUAUUGAACUUGUUUUAAAUUCUUCUGAAACGAACUUUGCGACUGGCUUGGCUGUUACUCUGGACUAACUGGCUGGUAAUAUUUUGGCGGGAACAAAACAAUUUCAAAUCGUGUUUGGCUGGAUACACGAUUUGAAAGUUUUUAAUAAUAACCGUUAAAUGAUGCCGCUAUUUUAUAUUAAAUAAUAAUUUAUAAUGAAUUGAAU